UUCCCUCGAGAAAAGGCAGGCCUUUGCUGUAGUGUUUUCUUUAAUGAGCUACACAGCCUAGUUUUGUUUUUCCAUAGCCGCCCUUGAAGCAGAUUUUUCGAGUGAACCAUGGCAGCCAAAGGCGUGGGAAGGACCCGUGGUACAGUCUGUGACUAUCCAGAUUUUGAUGCCAGCCAAGAUGCUGAGGUGCUUCACAAGGCUAUGAAAGGAUUUGGCACUGAUGAGGAUGUCAUAUUGGAUAUACUGGCUCAGCGAAGUAACAAUCAAAGGCAGCAGAUCAUUCGUGCCUAUAAAACUGUAGUUGGAAAAGACUUGAUGGAUGAUUUGAAAUCUGAGCUGUCUGGGAAGUUUGAAUCCCUGAUUGUUGCCCUCCUCCUUCCUCCAGCACGCUACGAUGCCAAGGAAUUGCAUGAUGCUCUCAAGGGUGCUGGAACAUCUGAGGAUGUCUUGAUUGAAAUCUUAGCAUCUCGCAACAAUGCACAAAUCCAACAGAUUGUCCAAGUUUAUAAAGAAGACUUUGAAUCUGAUUUGGAGGAGGAUAUCUGCUCCGAUACAUCCAGUUACUUUCAACGUGUUCUGGUUUCUUUAGUUCAGGGUAACCGUGAUGAAGGGGGUGCAGAUGCUUCUCAAGCAGAAGAUGAUGCUAAGGCUCUCUAUGAAGCUGGUGAAAAUGCAUGGGGCACAGAUGAAGAAAAAUUCAUUGCUAUUCUCUGUUCAAGGAGUGUUCCUCACUUAUUAGCAGUCUUUGACGAGUAUCAGAAAGUGUAUGACAUUGACCUCGAAGAUAGCAUCGGCAGUGAAUGUUCUGGCAGUCUGCAGCAAGUUAUGUUGGCCAUUGUCAAAUGUGUGAAGAAUACCUCAGCCUAUUUUGCAGAAAAGCUUUAUAAUGCAAUGAAGGGUGCUGGAACAGAUGACAACACUCUGAUGCGAAUUAUGGUGUCUCGAUCUGAAGUUGACCUGGUGGAAAUCAAAGCUAUUUAUAAAGCAAAAUAUGAGCACACCCUUCAUUCUUCAAUUGAGGGAGAUACAGGUGGGGACUAUAGAGAUACCCUUGUGAAACUGUGUGGUGGCGAUGAUUGAUGGAUAGAUAUUUUGGCUUUUCUCUCCAGAUCUGCAAAUGGACCACAAGGCAAAUGUUUCUAAUUGUCAUUUUUUAAUAGCUUAAGCCAACAAUCCUCUGUAUAGCUACACUAGUUGCAACAAAUGGAUUAUGGCUCCACUAUAAUAUUGAGGAUGCAAUUGUAUACAUUAAAUGCAAGAUUUGCUUUUUAAAGUCAUUGCUCAUGGAGUGUCUCCAUCCACAUUUACUUCAUGUAAUUCCUGCCAUCUAAAUGAAGCCCACUCCAUGAGUUGAAAAAGACAUACUUUGGAUGAUGAAUGGAAAGAUAUCCUUUUUAGUGUAAUCCAUCUAGUUUGUUUUUGCAUUUCACUAAACAAUGCAGACAGCAAAUUAACAAGGCGUUCAUUUGACUUGACUGUGACUAAACCCACACAUGCUGUUUUCUAAUUAGUCUUUGGAUAUACACUCCAUUUGCAUGUUUAAUCUAAUCUUGUAUCAAAAAUAUUAUGUACACAAACCUAACUGUGGAAAUGUUUGAUCUCCAUGCCAAUAAACUGAAGCUCCACCAUUUUUCAAUGGUGGAGUUGUUUCUGUCCUAUAGAAUCCAUAAAUGAAGAAACAUUGCUGCAUAUGAAAGGAACCUCUGAAUAAUUUAGUUCAGAAUAGACUGGACUGUUUAAACCAGCACUAGAUUGCAUUUUCCUCCGCUAGCUUUUUUUUCCUUCCACUGAAGAUGAUGACAUUAAACACUAAUUCCUCUGGUCUUAUGGGGUUCCUAUCCCAGCAAGUUUAAAAUUACUCACAGAAUUUCAUUCCUUGUACAAAUCUACCUAAUUUAUCAAAUGAUAAUACAAAAUAUUGCAAUAUUGGUUAUUUAAGUCUAUACUGGACACUCUCAAUGGCUGUCAAUCCUGGUCAAAGUCACUCCUGUUCUGUAUAAUGCCAUGGAGUUGUGAAGUUUCCUAUGGAAGGUGCAAACUGUGUGGAAGUGUAAACAAUGAAGUCAUGGAUUUAGUGUAUGCCCAAGAAUAACUGGCUGAGAUUCAUUUUUGCUGGUUCCAUGUUUUCAUUCUCCUAUUAUGCCAUUAAUGUUUUUCAUAUCAAAUGUCCAAAGUUGGUUAUUCCUUGAGCUUAGAAUGUAUACAACUCAUACCUUGUAAUGGUGCUCCUAGAGAAAUAAAAUUCAUCUGGAAAAUUA